UUUGGAGCUAUACACUGACUCUAGGAAUAACUCAUGGUAAUGACAGAUAGAGGUUAACAGAGAGAGAGAACAGAUGCCACAUCUUUAAAGUAAUUAAAGAUGCAAUAAGAUCAUCUAUAACUGAUAUGAUCCAUCUUUCUCCCAACAGAUACAGAUGAGCCGUCCCUGGAAUAUGUAGAAGCACCAAGGCUGAGGGUGAGGAGGAGGUUAACGCAGUAUGGCCGCCCUCGAGGGGAAGAUCGCGAGUGCCGUCUGAAGAUGCUGUUGCUUACAGUUGGAGACCUCGGCCUUGGCUAUGAGUCAGAGGAGACAGUUCGCUUUAAGUACUGCAGUGGCGGCUGCCCAAGAUCUCGUACCAACCACGACCUGACGCUCUCACGUCUGCUGCAGAAGAGCGAUAUCCCAUCCCUGCUGGAGGAAAAGAUCUUUGGGGGCCCGUGUUGCCGCCCCACUCACUACGAAGAUGUGGUCUUCUUGGACGAUAAACACCAGUGGCACACGGUGGAGCAGCUCUCAGCAGCCGCCUGCGCUUGUGUUGGCUGAGUGAAGCCCCAAAACCAAGCCUAGUUAUGAACGCUGCAUAUUUAAUAAAUGCCACCCAUGCUAGUAUAGCAUCUGCCCUGUGACUGGGGAAGGUGAAAGGCACUUAGUGUUAGGUAAAAGCUGAUUUUUGGAGAUGGUUGAGAAAGUCCAGCAACAAUGCACUCUACGUUUCUGGGAGAUAGGGGGCAUGAUUAGAUAAGUGAUGGGAAAGUGAAGGCGUGUUCUGCAAAUCUCAGAUAAAAGGGACAAAUAGAGCAAUGCAUGGUGGGAGGAUAAAUAAGACAUCCACAGCAAGUCUCU